CGCCAUUGGCGGGCGGUUUGAAUGACGGAAGUGACGGGAGCUCGGCGAUGGCCGCCCCGCAGGCGCACAAACGGCUGUUGGGGCACUGGUGGGCCGCGGUCGCCGGGGCCGUGCGUGUCUGAGCUGCUGUUCCCGAUUCCGGGCCCCUGCUUUUCAGCAACUUUGUAUUUGAAGUACCCAGAAAUGAAAAGAAAGGUAGUGAAUGCUGGCAAGCUGAGAUUGAGUCCUAAUGAGGAAGCUUGCAUUUUAAAGGAAGAUUAUGAAAGACGACGAAAACUAAGAUUGCUGCAGGUUCGAGAACAAGAAAGGGGUAUCGCUUUACAGAUAAGAGAAGACAUAAAACAGAGGAGAAAUCAGCAAUUAACUCGUUUGGCAGAGGAACUAAGGACAGAAUGGAAAGAAUCACAAACUCAGAAAAUAAAGAACUUGGAAAAGCUAUAUUUGGCAAGUUUAAGAAGUAUGGGGGAGGGACACCAACAGGCCAAAGAAAAUGAACCUGAUUUGAAUGCUCUGGCACAGCGGGCAGCAGAAAGAAGAAGAAAAGCAGAAAUGAGGCAUAAAGAAGCUCUGAAAUUACAGAAAAAUAAAAAAGAAGAACUAGUGAAACAAAAAACCUGGCAUAUAACAGCUCGAAAGGAAGCACUCCUUGUGGAAAAAGAGAGAUCGGCCAAAAUUACAAGUCUGCCACCACCACCUCCAACUCUUUUUGAGAACAUUGAACUAAAAAGAACUUCUAAUGUGAAAACCGGCAGAUCCACCUAUCAUCAUCUUUGCGCUUUUGUGAAUAGAGAGAUGGACACAAAGCAGCCAGAUCCUCAUUUGGCUGCUGAAGAAGAAGCUAAAAGAUCGGAAGAACGACAAAAACAAGCAGCACAGGAGAGAGUGGAACAGUGUGAGAAGGCGCACGUACGGGGUUUCCAAGCAAUGAAAAAGAUCCAUUUGGCUCAAACUCAGGAGAAGCUAAUGAAAGAACUCAGACAGCUCCAGCAAGAGGACCUGGCACGGAGGAGGCAGAUGGUAGCGCGGAUGCCGCCACACCUGGUUGAGCUUCCGCACAAACGCAGUGAAAUGAAGGAAGACUGGCAGAGAGAGCUGGAAUUUGCCUUUGAAGACAUGUACAAUGCAGACAGGAAAGUGAAAGGAAACCUGAUUUUGCACCUCGAACCAGAACCUUUGCCCACUGUGACUGAUAAGAUCCAAGACGAAGAACUGGACCUUUCAAUGGAACAAGAAAGCCUAGGAGAAACUGAAAACAUUCCAGUGACAGAAGCCGAAACAAUAUGUUCUAGAGAAGCAGAUGUUCCCUUGGCAAUAAAGACCCACCAGGUCCCUUCAAAAAUUCUUUUUAAAAAAUUAUUAAAUAGGAUCCGAAGCCAAAAAUCUCUCUGGACAAUUAAAUCCACAUCUGAGGAUGAAAGUGAAGUGAUUACAACUCUUAGUGAAACUGAGAGUAAAGCACCAACAGUCGAAUCAGGAGCAACUGUUAGCGAAGAGAGAACGUCAUCCUCUGGGCAGGAACAAGUUGCUGAAAGUGAUACUUUAACAAUUGACUCCGGACCACUUACUAGUGAAGAGAAACCGCUUUCAUUGGAUACAGACUCUGAAAAGAAACAAGAAAUAAAGGAGGCUCAGCCUAUCACAGCUGUAGCUCAGAGUUCAAUUCUACUGCAUCCUCAAGAAGAAGCAGCCAGAAUUAGAAUGGCAGCAAGGCAGAAACAGAUAAUGGAAAUAGAAGAGCAGAAGCAAAAGCAGUUGGAAUUACUUGAACAAAUUGAACAACAGAAGUUACGAUUAGAAACUGAUUGCUUCAAGGCUCAGCUGGAAGAAGAAAAAAGGACAAGAACGCAGCAGACUGGGGUUGGCACUGCUCCAGCACCAUGCACUGUAACUUCUGAUGAAGAUAAUCAUAGGCAGAUGAUUCGUAACUAUCAACAGCAGCUUUUACAGCAGAACAGGUUUCACAGACAGUCUGUUGAAACAGCCAGGAAACAAUUACUCGAAUAUCAGACUAUGUUAAAAGGAAAGUACUCCUCCGGGUUAGCCACUUCGCGGAUAUCUGAAUCAAUGAUAUCAGUACUACCACAGAACUCUGAAAGACCCACUGUUCUGUCAGAGCAUUGGGAUCAAGGUCAGAGACCCAAGUUGAGCCCUAACAAAUACCAACCUGUACCAUCCAUACAGAUCUCCAAAUUAGAGCAAGAUUAUUUUCAGGUUCCAAGACAAAGUCUCUUUCCACAAAGACAGGUAGAAACAGACAGAUUAAUCACUUCAGAAGUUUUGGCCAAGCAGUGUUUGGAACCACAGGAACAGCCUAAGCAAGUCUCACAGAGUGAAGUACAACAGAGAGACUAUAAAUUGAUGCAUAAAGACUCUCAUACACUUCCAAAGCCUUGGUCACAGGGUAAGCUGCUCAUAAUACAGGACCCUAAAGAAGUAGCCCAAGUAUCUAGGGCAACAACUUUUCAAACUUUAGAUCCCCAGCAAAGGUUCUCAGAGAGCAAGGAAAGUAUACCCUCCAAGCUACCUGAACGUUCUUCAUUCCAGCCACUGGCAGCCGAGCAUGCUUUUAGUUCUCUUCCUGCUGCAGUUGAAUCUGGAAAAAUCCAGGAAUCCUUUUCAACCAUGAACAAAAGUACAGUUUCUGUAAGUCAUUCUGUAAUCAGCCAAAUGCAGGAUAAAUCUUUGCCAACCUCAGAGAAUAUCACAGCCCAGCUGGGUAAUUUGAAGGCUCUCCAAGAACAGUUAGACCUGCAGAAGGAAGUUCUUCGGUCAAGACAGGAAGCUCAGGAACGACUGCUUUUGUACAAACAGAAAGAAUUGGAAGGACAAACUGGCCUCUCUGUCUCCCUUCCAUUAGUAUCUCUGGAUUCAUUUGCUACACUGCCUUCUGCCAGGGCUGAAUUGGGAAGAGUCCAGGAAUCUUCUUCAACCAGGGAUGACACUGCAGUUCCCUCGUGCCAUCUUGGGGUCCCACGACUUCCAGAUAGGCUUUUAAGUUUUUCACAGCCCGUCUUAUCACAGCAAGAUAAUUUUAAGUUUCUCCAAGAACAGUUAAAUAUUCAGAGGGACAGCCUUCAGGCCAGGCGAGAAGCCCAGGAAGUAUCAUAUGUACAUAAACAGAGGGAAUUGGGUGGAAGAAUAUGGUCUGAACAGACUGCACCCCCUUCUCUCCCUUCUCAGGUAGCUCAGCAUACAUUUACUUCACUACCUACAGCUGGCACUCAUUCCGGAAAGAUCCAGGAGCAGUGUUCAUUGGAGAGUACGAAGGGACUUCUCUCAAGCCAGUCUGAAAACCAAAAACCUCAGGAUGGGUCCUUGAGUUUCCUACAGCAGUUCCUACCUUUGCAUGAUAGUUUGAAGUUGCUCCAAGAACAGGUGACCACACAGAGGGCUGCUCCUCAGGCCAGGCAGGAAGCCCGGGCAGAGUUGCUUUUGCGUAGACAAAGGGAUUUGGGAGACAGUAAGUCUGCGCAAAUGAGUUCUUCACUCCCAACAGCGGUUGCUCCGUGUUUAGUUGCUUCACAAACUCCUGCUAAAACUGAGCCUGGAAGAAUUCAGAGCUUUUAUUUAUCUGGAAAGGAGAGUGUUAUUUCCUCCAGUCAUCCGGUAAUCCCAGCAUUUCAGGAUGAGCUUCGUAGUUUUCCACAGUAUAACCUGCCACGGCAAGAAAACUUGACAGCACUUCAAGAACAGUCACACACACACAGGGUAAUGCUUGGUGCUGAACAAGAAGCUCAGGAAUUCAUACACAAACCACAUGAAUUAGAAAAAACAAUUUCUUCUGAACGGACUGGCCCCUCUUUAUCCCUGUCCCAGGUAGCCGAGUCUGAAAGAUUCCAGGAGUUUAUGUCAAUCCAGAGUGACAGUACAGUUCCCUUAAGCCAUUCUAAGAUCCCAAGAUUUCAGGAAGGACUUCUAGGAUUUUCACAACCUACACAACCUCUGCAAGGUAGGUUGGAGGAACACCAAGAAUGGCUGGACACAGAGAAGGCGGCCCUUCAUUUUAGCCAGAAAACCCAAGGAAAUGUAUCUUCGGAACAAACCAACUCCUCAUUCGGACCGCAGUUAGGACAGCCUUUAUUUACUUCGUUACCUUCUGCUGAAUCUGGUACGACCCAGGAGCCUCCUUCAACAGAGAGUGAUGGUAAGACUCUUUCAAGCCAUCUUCAGAUCCCACAAUUGCAGGAUAAGCUUUUGAGGAUAUCACAGCUUAUUCGGCCUCAACAAGAUAAUUUGAAGGCGCUUGGAGAAAGGUUAGCUACACAGAGAGAAGCUAUCGUUCAAUCUAGACAGGAAGCUCAGGAAGAAUUACUUUUGCACCAACAGAGUGAGUGGAAGCAAAGAAUAUCUCCUGAGCAGGUUGGCUCCUCUUCCUUCCUAUCCCCAGUUGUGCAGCGUUCAUUUGCUUCAUUACCUCUUAGUGAAUCUGGAAGAACCCAAGAACCUUGUUCAACUAAGAGUGAUAAUACAGCUUCCUCCAGACAUUCUGAGAUACCAGGAUUGCCUGACAGGCUUUUAGGUUUAUCUCAGCCUGUCUUACCUCAACAAGAUCACUUGAUCGGACUUCAGCAAGAACACUUGUAUGCACAAAGAAAUUCCCUUCCGUGUGGGAAGAAAACCCAGAAAGAAUUGGUUUUGCCCGGACAAUAUGAAUUUGAGGAAGAGUUAUCCUCUGAGCAUUUUAUCCAGCCUCACCAUGGUGAUUUGAAAGUACUUCAAGAGCAGUUAGAAAUACAAAGGAUAGCCAUUCGAUCUAGACAGGAAGUCCAAGAAGAAUUACUUUCGCAAAGACUAAGUAAACUGGAGAAAAGGGUAUCAUCGGAGCAGAUUGGCUCUUCAUUGUUAUCCCAGGUAGCACCGCCUGUGGCUGACUCUGAAAGAAUCCAGAAGCCUCUUGCAACCAGAAGUGACAGUACUGUUCCCUCGAGUCAUCCUGAGAUCCCAACAUCCCAGGAUAGACUUUCAAGUUCAUCACAGCCUGUUGUGCCUCCGCAGGAUAUUUUGACAGCACAGUUGGACUUACAGAGGGAAGUGGUGCAUUCUAAUGAGAAGGACCAGGAAGUACUGCUGUUAAACAAACAAACAAAAUUGACUGAAAGUGAAUCUUCUGAGCAUGCUAUUCCCUCUUUGUUUUUACCCACAGAAAGAGAGCAUUCAUUUAUUCCACUGCCUUUUGCUGAAAUUAAAUCUAAAAACAAUGGUCAAUUGUAUUCAUCUAAGAGUGAACAUGCAGCUCCCUCAAGCAAUUCUGUGAUCCCCAGAUUUCAAGAUCGACUUGUGUGGUUUUCACAACCUGUCUUAACUCAGCAAGAUAACGUAGGACUUCAGAAGCAGUUGGAUGUACAGAAGAAAGUUCUGCAUUAUAGCCAAAAAGCCCAAGAAGAAUUGCUUAUACAGAGACAGACAACAUUGCAGCAGCAGAUACAGAAACAUCAAGAGACUUUGAAGGAUUUCUUUAACUGUAGUCAGAUGAGUAAGCCCACGUCUGAAAGUGGUGUAGGAACUCAGAAGCUCAGAGAGUGGCUUCCUCAUCGCCAGGACCUAGCAGGAGAUGAUCAGGAAGGCGUUAGUCCUGCAAGUAGGAGCAGCUCUGGUGAUAAUCAGCGGCUCUCAGAAGAGAGUGGCGCCAAGCAAAGUGGCGAGUAUCCGGACAAAGGACUGGGCAGGAGAUCCUCAAAGCCACCUGUAGCAAAAGUGAAAUGUGGAUUGGACUUGAACCAACAUGAACUCAGUGCUAUACCAGAGGUAGAGUCGCCAGCAAGUGGCAGAACUUCUAUACUAGGUAAACCAGAUUUUUAUCCAGACAGGGACCCCCUAAGGGUCUCAAUAAGCCGAGAACAAAGUUUUGUUGGGAGCCCCCUGAACUGUGAUGCAUUUGGUUUUCUCUACCCCGUUGCCCAGGAGAACGUCUGUGGUGACGACUCCAAGGAAGCAGUCAAGGUCAAGGAAGCUGUGGCUGAGAAUCAUGCCAUAUUAAGCCAUGCUGUGGAGGAAGAACAUACACGUCUGAGUCCAACUGUGGAGCCAGAUCACGCUGAAACAGAAGAGAUUUAUCAUGAGCCAUUAUCAUCAGUAACUAUUUCUACUGGGAGCUUUUUAAGUUAUGAAAACACAGAUCUGAGCCUUACAGAUCCAGGGUCAUUUUCAGAGCAUGUGGACCCCAGGGAACAAGAAUCUACCACCGGUAAAGAAGACGAAAGAGAUAUUUUAAGUUCUAUACUUCCUUCAUCACAAGUUCUUUGUCAAAGGCAGGACUCUCAGGAAGUUCAUCAGCCUCUGUUGCCUGCAGUGGAAAAGUUUACACCUGUUGACCUUGACUUUCCAGAAUUGGAACACACUUUUCCACAUUUGCAUCGUCAGCUAUUUAAACCGUUAGAACCACAUCCAGAUUUUGAUAUAUCAUCAUCAUACUCUGGGAUUUCUCAAGACAGCAGAGACUUUUACCAGAACUCAGAUUCUUCCUGUGAAAGCCACCAUGCUGUUGGAGCAUCCGGAAGUACUGUUUCCUUUACAGCACUGAGAACCAGCCUGAAUUCUAACACAAGCCUGAACCAGCAACCGGACCUUCCUUUGGCUCAUGCUGCAGCUCAGAUAUUUGCUACAGAAAAGACUGAGGGAUCUGAACAAUCUUUUCAACAGCUUCUGCCAGAAUUUUCUUCUCAGGAGGGGAGCCAGCAUGUUGAUCUACCAAGUAUUUUUAGCAUUGAAGCAAGAGAUUCUUACCAAGGCAUGGAAAAUCAAUACUACUCCGAACAGACUGAAAUACAAAAUAAGAAAAAAAGUGUUCAUUUCCACCUCUGUGUAGGAAGUUUACAGAGUUCAGUCUUCAGUUCAUCUGAUGAGGCUAAUGUAUCUCACCCCCUAAGUUUACAGUACAGCACUCCCUGUGGGUCUGCCUCUAGUGAGUACUCAGUAAAAGCUCAACCAGAAGGCAGAAAAGAAAGACUGGGUUUUGAAGAAUCAUCAGAAAGAGGACUCGAUGGAGAAAAAAAUGAAACCCAUGGGGUUUUAAAUUCAAAUGUGGAGGAAAUGGAUUCUCAAUCCUGCACCAGAACAGUGGAGAUGGGAACUUCAGUUCAGGCACCAUAUUCUGUUCAGAAUGAAAAAUAUUUUGAGUAUUCAGCUAAAGCAGAAACUCCAAAAAUCCCAAGAAACCUUUCUCAACUAGCACAAUCAGAGCUGUUUUUAAGUUCUGGAUCAUUACAGAGCUCUAUUCCAAUGUGGGAGACAGAGUCUGGCCAUGGUAUAAUGGAAGAACCAGAGCUUACAUUAGUAAGCACUAGUGAUAUCAGUAUUGCUGAAAUGGAUUUUGCAAAUCUAACCCUAGAAGAAAAUAAAGGAAAUGAGGCAAAAAGCAGUUCUCAGGUGAGUGAAUUUCUGCCUCUUGUAUCAGAAACAGAAACCUUGGAUUGUCCAGAUGUAUCCGAACACUGCACGGAGGAGCCAGUGAUCGUGUCUGCAGAAACCUCUCCAAAGAUCAUAGCUCUACCUGGGAGCUUACAAGAAGCAUUUAUAAAGAGGAAAAAAUCAUUUAUGGAGAGAUCCUCCCAGAGACAAAAAGAAAUAAAGAAUAAAAUUCGUAUUCCUGAAAAUUCUCAAAUCAGCAUAGUUAAGGAGAAACCUACAGGCUCAUCUGUGAGUUGCCUGAAGGGUGUGAAUAAGGUUAAGGUUAGAGUGUCACUUCCUGAAGACAGAAAGGCUGCGCAAGCCCUCAUGCAUCAAAGGACCCUAAGAUCAUAUAAUCAAUUAGCUGAAGUCAAACAGCAAAGGGAAGAGAAAGCAAAGCAAGACGCAUAUGCCCAAAACAGAGCAAGGGCAAAAGAAUUUCAUAAGAAAACACUAGAGAAACUUCGAGCCAAAAAUACAUGCUGACUUUCUACUAAAAGUGUAACUUUUUUUUUAAAUUAUGUGUAACAUAGGCAAAAUUAUUUAAAGGUAAUAAAUUUUUAUUUAAGGAAUUUUACAUGUGAUUCCUUAUGCUGCCAGUCGCCAUAGUUCCUCCAAAGUCAGAAUCAUAAUCUUCAAAACAGUCCUGAGAACAAGAGUAUAUACAUUGGUUAAACUUGAGAGACUUCUUUCCCACUUGACCAAUCAUGGAUAGAAGCAGCUAAAUCUUGUAUCUCCUCAGGAAAACAUAGCACUAUUGAGUAACUAUUACAUCCUAUGGAGAACUCCAAUAUUUGGUCACAGCGUUAAGAGCUCUUGGUUUUAGUCCCACAAGCCCUCUUUGAAAUGACCUAGAAGUUAUUUUUUCAAAUGUGUACAUACCUUUUAAAAAGAACUUGUUCAAUCCACAGUUGUCACUGUCAGUCCUGUAUAACAGAACAUAAAAGUUAAGGUUCCAUUUCCAGAGAUGACCAUGUAAACUGAAGCCAGCCUCCCUCUGUUAGAUCUAUUAUAUUACAAGUUGCAUGGUUAUUAGCAACACAGAAAGAUUAUGCAAAAGACAUCUGCAAGAGUAGAGAUCUAGACACACACUGUUCGAUAUACUAGCCACAUAUAGUCAGAUGAGAAUUUGAAAUAUGGCUUGUGUUACAUUUAUACUGGACAGUGCUGAGCUAGGCAAUGGAAAUAGAAAAGGGUUGAAAAAAUGUUCCCAAUAGGCUGAAUGCUAACAAAGUAGCAGAAAGAAAGAAAACCUAGUGGGAUAAUUUUUUUGUGGUCAUGUCCACAGCAAAUGAGAAACUGCAUUCUCAAAGCCUUGGUAAUGACCAUUAUGCCAUUUUAUGGUAGAAGAUAGAGAAUUAACUUGCCAGAGUUCUUUUCGGUUGGGCUUCUUGGAUCAUCACUUGAAUAUGGACACACUUCAAAAACUCCCCACCUAUGGAUUUUCAAAAUGCAGUUAAUUAGGUUCCCAAGUAUCCUAAAACCCAGUUCUGAACUAUGAUGUGCUGGAAAUUACAGACUUAAAACUACAAAGUUGGAAUAAUUGUUUUCAAUCCAGUCCGUUUAAAUGUUGGGAACAAAUGUAUUUAAAAAUAAAGCUAUAUUCAUUUGCAUUCAAUACCCUAAUUGACAUGAAAUGAUUAACGGAUUAUUAACUCCAAAGGUAACUAUUCGUGUUUCAGUUAACUUUUACUUUAGAGCUUUUGCUGGAAAGUACAGCACAGGUUUUGUUUGGAUGGAUGUUCAGAAAGGCUACUUUUCAUUCAGUGCAUUCAGAGCAGUUGAACAUUUUGCCCAUCAUCAUAACAUCACAAAUCACUGGCCAACACUAUUAAACACCCAUUGUGGCCUUUUAACAUCUAGGGUUUUCUGUUUUUUUUUUAAGUGGUGAGAUAAUUAACUACCAGGAUUACUUGCUGUUAAAAUUAGGUAAAUAAAUGGAUUCCAUCUCCUAUAACAUAAGGCUUGAGAGGAAAUCUUACCUGUAAUCUUUGGAAUCCAAUGUCUUUACUUCAGGGCCCUAGAAAUCAAAUUGUAGAAGUACACCGAUUGCUAUUUUGGCGAACAGAUCGAAAAUUAUCCCUUAAUUGUUUCUAAUGCUGAAAAGUCUUGUUACUUCCACCUACACUCCAUGAGCCUAACAGAAAAUGUUACAGGCCUCAUUGUCACCACAGCAAUAAACUUGUUGUGAUGGAAGCAUAACCUGUGUCUCAAUGUAGCCACAUUAACAAUUUCUGGACACCAAGAACGACAGUGCCCAUUUCCAUCUAGAAUGAGGCUUUAUAAAAGUUCCUCUCAAGCUUAUAAUCUAAGACUUCUGCGUCUUUACAGAAGUCCCGCUGUUUGGCUAACCAGAUGCUGUCACUAAAAAAAAGCAGCCACUAGAAACAAAUAUAAAAAGCCUUACCCCUUUAGGGUCUGAGCCUGCAUCUGCCUGGUUCUCAAUUUCAAACACCCUAAAAAAAA